AUGGUGGAACAAAUAAAGGGUGAUAAGGAGAGAAGAGCUGGAGAAGAAGAGAAGGGCCAAAGGAAAGGUCUGGAAUGUGGGCUGGUGUCCCUGUGCGGCCUGUGCGUCCAGCCUGCCUUUGCUGUUGUACUGGCUGCUGCUGUACGGGCUUCUGCUGUGCCUGGUCCCUCUGUGCCUCCUCCCUUGUCGUUUCGCCCUAUCCCCCCCCUCCAUACCUUGUCCUUGCUGGCCAUCCAGCUGCUGCCCCUGCUGUCCCCUCUCCUCUACCCCACUCGCCAGCCUCUCCUGCGCCUGCUGAACCUCCUGUUGCUGCCUGCCCCCACUGACCCUCCUGCUGUUGCCAUUGUUGUCCCUCCUGCUGCUGCCCCGGCUGACCCUCUUGCUGCUGCUCUUGCUGUCCUCUCUCCUCUCCCCUACUGGCCUGCCCAUCCUGCCCCUGCUGGCCCACCUGCUGUAGUCGCUACUGUUGCUGUCUCUCCUCCUCCUCCCAGCCAGCCUGCCCCUGCUGAUCCUCACGCCGCUGCCCUAGCUGAUCCUCCUGUUCCUGCCCAUGCUGACCCUCCUACUGCCGCCCCUAUUGACCCUGCUGACCUUCCUGGUGCUGCCACUGUUGCCCUCUCUUCUCUCCCCUACAAACCUGCUGCUGCUGCCCCUGCUGGCCCUGCUGCUGCGGCUACUGCUGCUGCGGUUGUUGCUGCUGCUACUGCUGCUGCUGCUGCUGCUGCUGCUGCUGCUGCUGCUGCUGCUGCUGCUGUUGCUGCUGCUGCUGCUGCUGCUGCUGCUGCCGCUGCUGCUGCCGCUGCUGCCGCUGCCGCUGCCGCUGCCGCCGCUGCCGCUGCCGCCGCUGCCGCUGCCGCCGCUGCCGCUGCCGCUGCUGCUGCUGCCGCUGCCGCUGCUGCUACUGCUGCUGCUGCUGCUGCUGCUGCUGCUGCUGCUGCUGCUGCUGCUGCUGCUGCUGCUGCUGCUGCUGCUGCUGCUGUUGCUGCUGUCCCCUCUCCUCUCCCCCACUAG